CAAAAGUUGAUUUGGAAACUCAAGAAGGAAUGAAUGUGUUAAACCUGUUAGUAGCAGCAGAUGAAUUAGAUUUACAAAAUUUGAUAGAAUAUGUACAAUCAUAUUUAUUUGAUAAAAAAAUUGGAUUCUUAACGGAUAAUUAUUUAGAAAUUCUUAAGAUUGUAUUUCGUCAUGAAGAACUUUCAAAGUUAAGAGAAUUUUGUUUGAAUCACGUAGCAGAAGACCCGGGUGUGCUAUUUAGAUCACCAAAUUUUUACACGUUAGAUAAAUCACUUUUAUAUUUAAUACUUCAACAAGAAAAUCUCGCUAUAGAUGAAAUGGAAAUAUGUAAAUCCGUGAUUCAAUGGGCUAUCACUCAAUCAUCGAUGAUUAUAAAUAUAGAGGAUAUUUUAGAGUUGUCAUCUGAAGAUUUAAGUGUUAUAAAAAAAACAUUACAUGAAUUUAUUCCAUUAAUUAGAUGGUUUCAAAUUUCAAAAGAAGACUUUUCAAAAUUUCAAAAAUUAUUCGAAAUUAUUUUACCACUAGAACUUUAUGAAAGUGUUAAAAAAUUUAAUUCUGAAAAAGAAAUUGAAAAUAAAUUAUUAAUUUUACCACCAAGAAUUCCUCAUAUAGAUUCAAAACUUUUAGAAAAAACAAAUUCAGAUUCACAAUGGGCGAAAUUUGCAAGAGUUGCUAGUGUACAUAGUGCAAUCUGUUAUAAUAGGCAUUUAUGUGGGCCAGCUUUUGGACCUGGAUGGGAUUUGGUGAUCGGUGAACGUUACAAACACGCGUCUUGUUGGGGAUCUACAGGAUAUCCGGGAAGCCAAUUAUUUUUUAAUUCAGUAGAAUGGAACGCAGUGCAUCAUGAAUUAGAAGAUUACGAAGUUUUUCAAGUUAUUAAUAAAUAUUAA